CGAUUCCCAAGCGCUCCGCUCUCGCGGCGUCGCUUUCGCCGGACACCACCACCUGCCGCUUUCCCCUCCCAUUCCCACCACCACCGCUCCCAUCCUCGCCCCGCCCGGACCCCAGCGCCCCGAUUGGGCCAUCCAUCCGCCUCCGCCUGAUUGGCCCCGGCCACCAGCUCGCAGCCUCGCACGCUUGCACGCACGCAGCAUUUGAUUCCCUCCCUCUCUCCCCGACGAGCGCGGCGCACCUGCGAGGAGACGACGCCGGGUCCCGCUCGCGGCGGCGCUCUUCCGUGCCGUACUCUCAUGAUGUACCAUGCUAAGAAGUUUUCUGUGCCCUUUGCACCACAGAGGGCUCAGAAUAGUGAGCAUGUGAGUAAUAUUGGAGCUUUCGGUGGAUCCAACAUAAGCAACCCUGCCAAUCCUGUAGGGAGUGGGAAACAACGUCUAAGAUGGACCUCUGAUCUUCAUAGUCGUUUUGUGGAUGCAAUCGCCCAACUUGGUGGACCAGAUAGAGCAACACCUAAAGGAGUACUGACUGUAAUGGGUGUACCGGGGAUUACAAUUUAUCACGUGAAGAGCCAUUUGCAGAAGUAUCGCCUUGCAAAGUACAUACCAGAAUCGCCUGCUGAAGCUUGUGUAGGUUCCAAGGACGAAAAGAAGGAUUCUAGUGAUUCAUUCUCUAAUGCAGAUUCUGCACCGGGUUCACAAAUCAAUGAAGCAUUGAAGAUGCAAAUGGAAGUUCAGAAGCGGCUCCAUGAACAACUCGAGGUUCAAAAGCAGUUGCAGCUGAGAAUUGAAGCACAAGGGAAGUACUUGCAGAUGAUCAUAGAGGAGCAGCAAAAGCUUGGUGGCUCACUUGAAGGUUCUGAGGAGAGGAAGCUUUCACAUUCACCACCUACCUUAGAUGACUACCCUGACAGCAUACAGCCUUCUCCGAAGAAACCACGGUUGGAUGAUCUGUCAACAGACGCGGUCCGGGGUGUUGCACAGCCAGGGUUUGAAUCCCAUCUUGUCGGCCCAUGGGAUCAAGAACUCUGUCCGAAGACCAACAUAUGCGAUCCCGCAUUCCAAGUGGAUGAGUUUAAGGCAAACCCUGGUUUGAGCAAGUCAUAAAGCAAAGCCUUCCUUACAAAGGGAACACUUGUGAGUUAUUAACCUCCACGGAUGGCCGAUCGCAUGUGAAUAUAUAUCGUCUUAACAACAGAUUGAGCACUGUUUGGACCUUCGGAUCUGUCCCAACCCCUUCAGUCACGACUAAGUGUUGUUGUCGUUGUCGUAUUUCGCCAUACAGAUCUUUGUAAUUAUGAGGGUGUUUCUAAAGUCCCCAGUUAGCAAUCCCCUUCUUUCGAAGGAUAAUCCUCAGCUGAAACAUGUAGCAAGAAACAGAGCACGCUUACACGCAAUACCAAGGCCCUAAAGCUACAUGAAGCUAUCUGGUAGUUGUACAUUUCUGUUCAGUUCAGUCAUUGAAUCUGCUUACCUUA